CGACACCUUUUGUGAGAGAUAUUAGAGUGCUUCGGGUGGUUUUUUUUUUAUGUGGACUCGAUCUUCGGACGAUUAUGGCCGUAUUGACCUCCCGUGACCCUGUGCCAACUGUUCUCACGCCCCCAUCAACCCCAACAAGCCUCCAUUGCUUCCAGCUUCCAGGACAAGAUUCGUCCACGUCCAGCAUUCCAGUAACUGUUUCCGCCAACAUGUGCAAGAAGGCGUCUCCGUUCAUCCCUUCGUCGUUUUAUGUCGACAGUCGAGGAGCGCCCCUGAGCAUCCCUUACUUACCCCCGAUGCCUUUUGUGCCGAGUGUGAGCGACGUAGAUCCUACAAUACCCAACGCCGCCGCUGCUGCCGCCGCCCUCCGGACGUACGGCGCCCUCUCCUUCGGCGUCUUCCCCUGGGCUGCAAUGACGGCGAGUGUCGACCGCUUCAACCAGCUGCUGCUUUCGGGCGGAGGGCGGCUGGCCCGCGCGAAGAAGCGGUACAUCUGCAAGUACUGCCAUCGGGAGUUCACCAAGAGUUACAACCUCAUGAUCCACGAGAGGACCCACACGGACGAGAGGCCCUUCCCUUGCGACGUCUGCGGCAAGGCCUUCAGGAGGCAGGACCACCUGCGGGACCACAAGUACAUCCACAGUAAAGAGAAGCCAUUCAAGUGCGGUGUCUGCAGCAAGGGCUUCUGCCAGGCGAGGACUUUGGCCGUCCACGAGAGCGGACACACGGAGGAAGAACGCCUGCAGGCCGCGAGAAAGAACUCGCCCGCGAGACGACAGAACUCUAGCGCCUCUCCGGAAUCUCUGCAGGAGGGAGAAGAACCCUCGGACGCCAAUGACGAGAAUUCUCGUAACUCUCAUUCGAGACAGGAAGACUCAAGUACGUCUGAAGAACCUCUGAAAGUUGGAGAACGCCUCGAGGCCACUGAAAAGAACGCGCGUUCGAGGCACGAGGGCACAAAUACCUCUGAAAAUCCUAGGGAAGCCGAUGUCGACGAUGAGUACAUUGACGUUGAAGUCAACGUCGACUCUACUCUGCCAUCGGGGUCUUUGCUUGCAGUCUGGCCACAGUUUCCCGCCAAAAAUGAUUCGCAGUUUCCCGCCAAACACGAUUCGGUGCUCGGAAGAGGUCAUGUGAGCACCCACAGAAGAGGCUUUACCAUUUUGGACCUGAUGAGUUGAUUUAUUGAAUCCAUAUUGUCACUCAAAAGUGAUUUAAGCCUGUGGGAAUCUAGUCACUGCAUUUUUAUUGUA